GGUCGGAAUACCUCUGCAACUGUGAAGAACGUAAGCACUUUAUAUUUAUUCAGCAGCAACCCUUGAGCGUGUCAGAAACAUAGCAAAGCACAGUUGUCGAAAUUCGGGCCCAACUCCUAUUCACAAGCUGCUGUUGAACAAAGUAGAGAAAGACGAGGCGAGACGAGACGAAGCGAAAAGAAUGAUCUGAUCCCCAAUCCAUCGUUGCUAUAUUCAUCAGAUAUGCAGUUACAAUGCUAGGUUGAUACUUCCAUCCAUCAUAUUAUCUGAGAUCUAAGAAUUCAACCCAAUGUCACUUCCUCAUAUGAUAUGUUACAAACUCCUCCAUUCGAUCUCAUCUUGGAUCCAGCGUGCCUACUCGUCCGAUCUACCUGUGAGUCUGUUGCUCUUCCGCAUAUUCGGACGGCAGUACAUACGCAUCCUAAUACAGCUGGACAUCGCAUGCGGGAUCAAUAUCGAAAGGAACCGGAUCAGCAACAAGCAGCGGCCUAACAGAGCAAAUACAUCAAAGACUACCUACUUGCAUUGCACAUAAACCAGUCAGUACCAACGAUCGAUCAACGAAUCUGUCAUGUCAAGCAAAUCAUUCCAUCGCUAGCCAAUAGAAUCCAGCAGAGAUUUGAAAAUCAAAUCAAUAUCACGCUAUACUAGAACAGAAUCCUAUCGCUCCCAUUAUUCUUCGAACUACUCUCCAUCGAGAAACAAUAACCUGAAACCUUGAAGCUUCGCCCAAUCUCCAGGACUACUCCGCAUACUACUCUACUACUAUCACUGCCACUCCCACUCAACAACCCCUAAGCACCUGCGAGUAAACAUCUAGCAUUCAAACCUUUCAACCCUCGAUCCUUACCACAUCCCUCGCUCCAUGGACUCUCGGUCCCAAUCAAUCGCAGUUGCAGGACCCCAUGUCUUUUUUCAAUCUAGUGUGAUAUUUUCCUGAGCACACCUGUUAUCACUUAGCCUUAUUAGCUCCCAAGAGCUCGGAGGUACCCAGCCAUAUGACACUAAAUUAAUCUAAUCGCCCCAGACCGCGAAACUCUCUUUUAUUUUAUUUUUACUUUUACUCUUAUUCCUGCAACAGCUGGGACUCCUGGGAGCGACUCUAGCCUUAUACUAGUGCCCUCCCCCUUAGCACUUUCCCUUUACCAUUCGGCCAGCGAGCGCAACAUCCAGUUGGCAGUAUUAUAUUUAUUUGAUAUAUUGGAUUGGAUUAUACGUGCGCAAUACCAAACAAUACCGUCUAUUUAUUUAUAUAUCACUGCAUUUCCCCAAUCCAUCCUCUGUUUCCGAUUGACCCAGCGACUUUGAUUGAUUUAUUAUUGAUUUAUUCACUCGCUCGCUCGCUCACUUGAUCCAAACCAUUCCUCGUCCCUAAGCUAGGCGGUAUUUCCUUUACCACGAGGUCGCCCAGGAAAAUCACAUCAAAUCGAAUCAAGCUGGCAGGCAUUAGACAGCCAUUAGACAGCCAUUCAAAGGAUUGCUUCACCCCUCCAGCUCUGACCAAGAAAGAUCCAGCCAAACGCAUCUGCAACCCACACUUCAACUACCCUACGAAAGUCCACACACUACGCACACCACACACCACGCUACUCCAUAGGCACAGACCAUUUCCCAGGCCUAAUAACCUACAUAAAUCAAGCAGACGCCUCCCCGGCCGCCAUCCAGGUGAUCGACAACUCCACAUUCUCCAUUCCAGUAAAUACACUACCCAAAACCCUAACGAACCUACGAGAGUUGACUGAUCUCUUGAUCUCCAAUAUCCCACCGUCUUUCUGGGUCCAAUCCAUCCAUCCAUUCAAAAUCAACGGAUCCCCUAAGAUAUUCCACAAGAUCAAGAGAGGACUUUGACUCAAAGUAAUCUUUUGCUUCUUCUUUUUCCUCGAUUCUCUUACUCUUGCUCUAUCAUAAUCGCCGUCACUUUCACAAUCACAAGCAAAGAAAAACAAGUUGGAAAAGAAGGAGAACAUCCCCACUCCCCGUUUUUAACUACUUGCUCCCUCGUUCCCUCGCCUCGGCUGUGCAUCUACCCGUCCGAACCAAAUACUUUUUUACACGCGACAACGUGAGUUUGGCGAUCCAGAGCAAAAGCAAGGAGCCAUCAUUUCAAAUCCUGCACCGUGGACUUUCCAAUAAUCUACCACGAUUACCAUGGAGACCGCCAGCUUUACAGCUCGCCGGCCCGCCGCAUCCAAUCUUCCCAACUUCCAGCUUCCCCCUCCAGAACCCCUUGGAAUGCACCAUCACAAAUAUCAACAACAAUCCAACAACUAUAUUCACGGAACCACAAACAGUUCCUCCCAGCCUGUUCCUGCUGUCGCCAGCAAUAUAUUAACGCCUCCAGCUGGCGUUCCGCAUGACGGCUUAAGUCCUCUUGCGUCCAGCGUCAACAGUGGUAGCUCGGGUAGUUCGACCGCCGGCGUACCUCCCUAUCAACCUUCGGCUUUCUGGCCAAAUACUCAAUCCGGAAACAACUUUACGUUUAGUUCUGCGCCACCGAUGAGUGCGCCUUAUGCUCAGCAACAACAACAACAACAAAGUUACAUGAGCAGACCACUAUAUUCACCCUCCAUGAGUAGCUAUCCAGGGUCGCGAAUUCCCCACUCUCCCACCUCAUCAGAAGGACUGCCACCACCUACCUUUGAGAGUCUUCCUCCCUUCUCUACCGGAGUCCCAAUGUCUGGUUCAGGUGGACAGCAACAAAGUCUCCCCACUCUUGCACCACAGAAUUCCCAACAGCAACAUAUGACCAGUCACAAUCUCAUGAAUCUUCAUCAAUCCUCCUCUCAAGCACCCCAACAGGGCAACGUGUCAGCUCCUGAUAGUUAUGGCGGACGAGCACCCCCAACUCCAAACUACUAUCCCCCCUCAUCUACCCCUCAACAGUCGAAUUUCCCCGCAUAUGCCCAACAAUCACCUACACAACAUUCUCCCAAUACCUCCUCCGCCCCUUCUAACCGCAUUUCUCCCAUCCAAACUCAUCACUCGCAUUCUUCCAUGGGCGCACCUCACCAAGGCUAUCCUUCCCGUCCUUCAUACCCACAUUACAAUCUCCCCACCCUAGCCGCACCUAUUAUGUCGAAUGUCCACCAACCUGGUAGUCAAAUGGCACUCCUUGGCGGAAUGGGCAAUAUGGGAUACCAACAAAUGCCUGGGCCAAUGUAUGGCAGUCAUCAUCCUCAACAGAUGCCUCAAAAUGACCGUCCAUUCAAAUGCGAUCAGUGUCCGCAAUCUUUCAACCGCAAUCACGAUCUGAAACGUCAUAAACGUAUUCACUUAUCUGUGAAGCCAUUCCCAUGCGGUCAUUGUGAAAAAAGUUUCUCGAGAAAAGAUGCAUUGAAGAGACACAUACUCGUCAAAGGUUGCGGAACAAAGGCUGCAAACGGCACUACGAAUACCAAUGGAGGUUCUCAAUCACCUGUCGACAAAUCUGAAAUUUUAAGUGAUUCUACCAACGAUGAGAGCCCAGAGAUGGUAAAGAAGGAGUUGUCAUAAGAACGUGACAAUCUAUUCUCAUGACUUCUCGAUUUCUUUUCUUUUCUUUUGUUGAAAUGCAAGUUUCGACGAGAUGGCAAGCACACACUAUGAACGCAAACCGAUGUGCGAGCUUAGGUCGGCGAAUGGGCAUUCUUUCGGCGCCUUGACUAAAGAAUAUGGGCGUUUGGAAUCUAUCUGGAGGUUAUAGGAUUGGAUUGGAUGGUCAGGGGUGAGGGUGAUGUGGGAUAUAACUUACACUGUAUGGUUGGGCGGGCAUCUUCUUUCGAAUAGGAUAACACAGAACUCAAAGAAAGAUGAAGAUGAGGUUGGUGGCGUUGUCAUGUGAUUCUCUUCGAUCAUGUUCAUGAAACCGUGGGCAUUUUGACAGAUGUUUUGCUGUUCUCUUUUUUUACUUACAAAAAAAUUCCCAGAAUGUGGGCCUUGGUGUGGAAUAUACUAUCUUGUCAGAGUGGAUUUGUUUUGGAGUUGCGGAAUUGUCGAUAUGUCUGUACGGCAUCUCGAUUUGGGCGGGAUGGAAAUGAAUGGGUAUCUGGCUCCGAUGGGAUAGCAUUGGGAAGCGAAAUGCGGAAUGGGACCUGGCUGGGUGGAGCUUUGGCGUGGGAAUGGAUUCGGUAAAUACCUUUGAAUGCAUUUUGCUUGUAUGUUUAUCUUCUGUGUUCGAGUGGGGGAUGGAGAGUGAAAAGCCUCUUUUCUUCUUUAUCUACUCUUCCUUUUCUUUUGGUCUCCUUGCCAUGCGUGGCAAUGAGUGUGCGAUGUUGGGGAUAGGUGAUGGGUGCGUCUUGCACGCUUUUUUGCUUGCGCACCCAUGUUGCGACUUGGAUUUGAUCUAUUACAUUAGCGAGGGGAUGAGGCGGUUACCUAUUUUGGGGAAGGGGGGGUGGAUGAAGAGUGAAUUUUUUUUUGAAGCAAGCUAGCUAGUGAUAUCAGAUUUUGACCAAUUUACUUUUACGACUGAAUACCUUCCAAUUCCCA